UCUUUUGGUGCAGCAUUGGAAGUAGUCACAUUAUCACCGCAUGCAUUCAUUCCAGAGAUAUUAUUUCCGAGAGCGUUUCGGCAAGAAACCUUAUCCCCACGUGCCUUCAUCGGCGCUGUUUUGUCGCCUAACGCUCUUAUUGCACGAAUACUUUCGCCUACUGCAUUACGUCUCGAAGUGCUUUCACCACGAGCUCUUCACGCAUGGGUUCUCAGUCCUGAAGCUCUUUUGGUUGAGGUUCUUUCGCCACGAUUCCUUGAUCCCAGAGUGCUUUCACCUAUGGCGUUAAUCGUAGAAGUUCUCAGUCCUGGUAUCCUUUCACCCUACGUAGGAUCUGCUGAGAUAGCAUCUGUGCUAGUGCUAAGUCCCCACGUCUUAUCACCUCGUGUCAAAAGUCCAGAAAAGAUGGUUAUUGAAGUUUUGUCACCUCACAUAUUGGGAGGACCUCACUCGCACGAGGAAGCUUUCCAUCAAGUUGCAGAAUUCGGUUCACACAGUCCUCAUUAUCACUCAGAUGGGGAUCAUGAAAGAGAGGAGAACACCCAUCAUAGUCACGAACUGGAGAACUCGUUAUCUUUGGAGUCCUACACGGGACAUGGAGGGUUGUCAAGUGUUGGGAGCCGGGGUCAUCAUGCACACGACGGUCACGGACACAAUGGUGGAGAGGCGCUUCCAGGAUUAGGAGGACUUCUAGGAGCGGGGCCUCAUGGGAAUACGCAGGAUCCAUUCUUCGCCCUGCUUUCACCUCCAAAUCAUCAUGAUAAUGAUGGGCAUUCAGAACACAGUCAUGGAGAUCACGGAACUGAUCCAAUCUCUAUACUUUUUGGUCAGGGAGAUGAACACGGUGGACAUGGAUUCUUCCCUAGUCUAUUUCCUGGACAUCAUGAACACGCAUCUCAUGCAGGAGACCCAUUUUCAGAACUGUCAUCACUUUUGGGUUUAACAAGCCAAAAUCAACAUACACAUAAUGAACAUGUGAGAGAAGAGGCAGAACACGGACAUAAAGCACAUGGAUCUCAUGAAGAGGAGUCAAUUCCAGGCUUGCCACGUAAGUCAGAUAUUUUUUAG